UGAGUCAGUUCACAUUUCUCCAUCCCACAAGCACAGGGCUCUGCAAUAUAUCCACAUUUACUACCGGCUCUCGGGGGACCUCCAUAUCACACAUAGACAUUUCCAUCGGUUGCUGCUGCUGCGAACCCCAACCAAGCAUCCGAGAAGGUCUUCCCUGUAUCCAGCCUCCUCCAUCUGCUGCUGCUUUGUGAGAGCCCCCUUCCACGGAUCUAUGACUUCUCCCACUCCGCCGACUCGCUACACCUAGAACCGAAUGCAUGGUAUGAAAGGCAGACUGCUGGAGGGACAUGAUUCAGACUGUUCCAGAUCCAUCAGCUCACAUCAAAGAAGCUUUAUCAGUGGUAAGUGAAGAUCAAUCAUUAUUCGAGUGCGCCUACGGAACGCCCCACCUCGCCAAGGCGGAGAUGACGGCUUCAUCCUCCAGCGAGUAUGGCCAAACUUCAAAGAUGAGUCCACGUGUCCCGCAGCAAGACUGGCUAACACAACCCCCAUCCAGAGUCACCAUCAAGAUGGAGUGUAACCCAAAUCAAAUCAACGGAUCCAGAAAUUCCCCAGACGACUGCAGCAUGGCAAAAGGAGGCAAAAUGGGCAGUGGAUCAGAGCCUAUAGCAAUCAACUAUGGCAGCUACAUAGAGGAAAAACACAUCCCACCCCCCAAUAUGACAACCAAUGAAAGAAGAGUAAUUGUGCCAGCCGACCCCACCUUGUGGAGUACAGAGCAUGUUCGACAGUGGCUGGAAUGGGCAAUAAAAGAAUAUGGACUCCCAGAUGUUGACGUCAUGCUUUUCCAAAACAUUGAUGGGAAAGAGCUAUGCAAAAUGACAAAGGAGGACUUCCAAAGACUCACCUCCUGCUACAAUGCAGAGAUCCUCCAGUCACAUCUUCACUACCUCAGAGAAACUCCUCUUCCACAUUUGACUUCAGAUGAUGUUGAUAAAGCCUUACAAAACUCGCCACAAUUAAUGCAUGCUAGAAAUACAGGAGGUGGAAGCUUUAUAUUCCCAAACACAUCUGGUUAUCCUGAAGCCACUCAGAGAAUCACAAACAGGCCAGAUUUAGGCUAUGAGCCACGAAGAUCUUCAUGGCCAAACCACCCCACCCCCCAGUCUAAAGCCUCUCAGCCUCCUUCUGUGGUGCCCAAAACAGAGGACCCCAGGCCACAACUAGAUCCCUAUCAGAUUCUCGGCCCAACAAGCAGCCGUCUUGCAAAUCCAGGUAGUGGACAAAUCCAACUAUGGCAGUUUCUCCUAGAACUUCUAUCCGAUAGUUCUAACUCUAACUGUAUCACUUGGGAGGGAACCAAUGGCGAGUUUAAGAUGACAGACCCAGAUGAAGUAGCCAGACGUUGGGGAGAAAGGAAGAGCAAACCCAACAUGAACUAUGACAAGCUGAGCCGUGCACUCCGUUACUACUAUGACAAGAACAUUAUGACUAAGGUCCAUGGCAAGCGCUAUGCAUACAAGUUUGACUUUCAUGGGAUCGCCCAAGCUCUUCAGCCUCACCCACCAGAGUCCUCAAUGUACAAGUACCCUUCCGAACUUCCAUACAUGGGCUCUUACCAUGCCCACCCACAGAAGAUGAACUUUGUUGCUCCUCAUCCACCAACUCUACCUGUGACAUCAUCCAGUUUUUUUGCAGCUCCAAACCCUUACUGGAAUUCACCACCAGGGAGUAUCUACGCAAAUAGUCGACUUCCAGCUAGCCAUAUGGCUUCUCAUCUUGCAAAUUACUACUAAUUUUUUUCAAUUGGGAAAAAAAAAUCACUGUGGAUUAUAAUUUUGAAACGACUCUGGAAGGAGUUUAUUGUGGGUCACCCAUGCCUUCUGGAAGGUUGGCCACAUCCAAAAACAUUGUAGAGGUUAGAGAUGAAGACAAUUUUUACUAACGAAGUUCACAUGCUAAUGAUGUAAUAUAGGAUGACAUCAGAGCAUUGGACCAAUAAGUGUUUUGAGCUUUCCAUAGCGGAAGCCUUUGACUGAAUGACCAAAAAAUAGUGAUGAAGGGAACAAAAACUUUUACGGAAACAAAAACUGUAUAAACAAAAACAGGGACUACCAGCUUACAAAGAAACUACCUGUAUUUAAAGAUAAUCACACGACACCACAAUAUCAUGGCUAAAAAUUUCGGUAAAAUUUUCACUUGAUGGGGAAAGAAACUGUUGGAAUAACUGUGAAGACUUCAUACAUUCCUUGAUGUAUCCAAAAGAUUGAGCCAUUAUGAGGAACCAAGAAAGUGUUCUGAAGGAACUGUAGACUAGAAGGUUCAGAUGAAACUGUAGAAGAAAGAGCGGAACUUAAAGGAAGAACAAUUCCAAAAAUGAUGGUGAACUUACAACCAUUGGACAAACAAAAAAAAUUGUUGAGACUUUUUUGAGAGAUUAUAUCAGUAUUAUAUUAUACUACAACCAGUGUUAUUGAAGGAGACCUCUUAUAUCAGGAAAAAAAAAAUUGGUGAUGAUGAUGAAACCAUAUAGACUAGAAUAAUUAUCUUUAAUGACAUAAAACUGGAUUUGUCUGAUAUUUAAAGGAACAUGCAGGACCUCAUUACAAUAUAUUGCACCCUACAUUUUCAAUAGACAUGCCAUGACUUAUGGGUGGAUUUUUUUCCCCUCCCAAAAUAUACAUGAAUGCAACUUUUUGGGUCAAGUAGGUUCCUAUUCAUAUUCAUAUAGAAAUGCAGAAUUUUGAUACAUUUUUUUAUACCGUUGAAAAAUGCUGUACUACGGUUGCUUGACUUAACAUGUGGACCUAGGCAACAUACAAAAAUUUUACAUGGCACUGAUGACUUAAGCAAUAUCCGUUGGUGAAACUCCAUGGAGGCCUUCUCCAGUUUCACUGCCAGUGCUCUCAGGGUGGAAUUUAUACUCAAUGCUUUAUUUUAGUAAAGGGAGAUUGGUUGAAUAUAAAUGAAGCUCCCUUAAUUUUUUAUACAAACAGAACUCUAUGGGUUUUUCUUUUUGUUUUUGACUUUUUUUUUUUAGUUAUAAGCAGGUGCCAGUUUUAUUUGAGUCGCGAACGCUGUGCGCUCGUCAGGUUGAAGUAUACAAGUCAAUGGUAUUUUUCAUUUUUAUAUAAUUAUAUGUAACUUAUGCAUUUAUACACUACGAGUUGAGCUCGGCCAACCAAAGAAAGCAAAGAAAGGGACAUUUAAAGUAAAAACAAAAAAAUGACAAAAACAUUGUGGCCUUGGAUUUAAACUCUGUAUGCUUAAUGUUUACAGUAUGAUGUUAGUACUUUAGGAUGAACUUUUGUAUGCAAUACAAUAAGCUUUGGCCUAGCAUGGCGGUUCAGAUUUAGAUAGUAGUCUGCAUUUUGCAUUUUUAUUUUUCCGUAGGUGACCAACCUCAAUUCUCUUAGAAAUGUAUCUGUGGAAUUUUUCAGUCUCAAUUGAUACUUUACCACCCCAAAAACUUACAGGAAACUAGAAACCAAUGCUUUGUGUCUCAGAAAUUUUUAUUGUAAAAAAACAUGAAUCAAAAACAUUCAUCAACACAGCAUUUUUCCCCCCAAACAACCGAUCCUAGACGAGCAAAGGACAAUAGUGGUUAUGGUUAAUGAUCGCCCAUGGAAAUAGAUUUAAAUAGUUUCAGUGCCAAUUUUUGUAGUGACUCCUAUUUUAGAUCAAAUAUAUGAGCAGGAACAACUUACAGCUGUAAAGCUGCCAAAUAAUUAAAGUUGAAGGCCCAAGUUGAGGAAGAACUUACUUACAGGUAUACAUCUUUCAUAUAAUUCAAUGAAGUUGAGGUCCCAACUGGACAACCCCUUCUCAGAAUGAAGAUGACCUUAAGAUCUUCUCACCACCAUGGGUCACCACCAAGUGUCUGGUUGUGUUAACCCAAUGCACUCAACUUAAAUUUGCUGGUUGAAAUUGAAUAUAACCACUCCAUAUCCAGAUGAGACAACUCUUUUGAUAUUUUGCACUCCGUUGUCCAAAUCAGGUCAGUAGGAGCUCCUGGUCCCCUUACUGCUCCCUGUUCAAAUCCUAACAUGGUCUACUCACUCAGUUGAGGUAUUGUUCACUUUGUGUUCUCAAGUGACUUAUGUCUUAUAUCCCGUGUGAACAAAGAAUAGGGCCUCUUGAAAUACCCAAUCCCUCUUUUCCCCAGUUUCUUCCAGAGGGGGAGGCUGGGAGGCCACCAUACACCUUAGAUUGUUGGCCAAUCGUGUGGAACUCAAUGAGUUCAGCCAUCUUUAUUUAGUCUGCAUGGUCAGAUCAUGAUGAUGGUGGACCAAACGCUACAUGUAGACUUACACCACGUGGAGUAGGAGAGCAGGCUGUAUGUACACCAUGGGGCACAAAGGUGGAAGUAAGAAUUUUUUGCUUGUAGAGAGGAGCACUUUAAUUACCAAACUGGUGGUGAAAUCUAACACAUUUUAAUAUAGUCCAAAAAACAGAAGCAUAAUUAAUUAUGCAGACAGGAGACCUACCAAAUAAGUGCCUGAUACCUCACUAUAUUACAUGUCCCUAGUGGAUGGAUAUGUAGUUAUAUAGAACUUUCUACAUAGGAAAAAAGCAAAAACAGCCACCUAUGAGCAGGUAAAAGUAUAAUUGUUAAGUGUGCAAAGACCAAAGUAUAAAAGUUGAAUGAUUUGCUUUAUAAAUUAUAAAAAAUUGCCCAGUAACAGGUCUUUUAUCACUAGCACUUAAAAAAAAUCUUGUCCCUUUUUAAAGAUUUUUAAUUUCUUUUAUUACUCAUGGGUGACAUGUUAGGAUAAUCCCUUCUUCUAGAAGGUCCCUAUGAUGAUACUCCAAUUCCAAGGUAUCUUGCUGCUGGGAUCUCCGGUGAUCAACCAUGAAACAAAGUGUUCAAUUUUCCUGCAGCGCCACCACAGGGGAGAUGAAGCAUUACACUGGGCUGUCCAUGUAAUGUAUGAACAUGCUGUAUCCUCCAAAGUAGGAGAUGCUGUAAAUGUGGUAAUUUUCUCUUUUGGCCAGGAAAUGAGGGUCCUAAAUGGGAUCUGCUAAAUGACCGAAUUACCUAAAUGUAUCACAGAGGGAAGAGAAAUUGAGUGUGCCCUUUGCCCUCCAUAAAGUUCUUAAUGUAAAAGGAAAAUGACCUUAAAGCCAUAUAGGUUUUCAUAUAUAUCUGCCUUUAGAGGGGUUAUACAGGCUUAAAACAGGGUCUGCCUUUUGUUUUCCAGAAACAGCGCCACUUAUGUGUAUAGGAUGUGUUUAGUAAUGCAACUUGGCCUCGUUUACUUGAAUGGAGAUGAGCUGCAAUACCAGACACAACCUGUAGACAAGAAUGGCGCUGUUUAAUCCUUUAAUAGCUAAAAGCAGCAAUCUGGUCACUAUACCUGGGAACAGCAUGUCCUUCUUUUGCAGCAAUAUUGUAACUAACCUGAUCCAAUCCUGUGUAACCUAGAUGGCAAUGUUCGGUUCUUCUACUGCACUUGACAUGUCAUGAAAACCCCGAGCAGAUGCAUUGUAUUUCUAGAACUUGUGCCUUUCAUCCAGACACAGUGAUGAGCAUUUACAAUAAAGAAAAAAAUUGCGGCCGGCAGCAGAAACAUUUUAGGAAUUUUUUUGUCCCUCUGUUUAUAGGACAUGGUGGGCAAGGUGGUCAAGGGUGAUAUCAAUGUCCUAUUGGAUGGUGGUGAUCAGAGGGUUCGGUCCUCAUCGUGUAUCCAAGACUGUCGACUGUCCCGGGCAUAAUUAUAGCCAUAGCAGCCUCUAGGGGGCCCCCAAGAUUGUGGGGCCAACUGAGGUGCAAGAGCAUUGUUCCUUUUUGUAGGGAAUAACAAGUUGGUGGCUUUCUGUUCUAACCCAAUUGGUUUAGGUGUCGGGUGCAGGGAGUAUACCAUGCGCUGCGGCCGGCUGCGUUUUUUCCUGCGUUGUAAACGCAGCUGUGCUCUGGAAGUGUAAGAGUUGUGCCUUCUCUGUUUUAUGGACCACUACAUUGUAUGACUAUGUAAAAGGUUUAGUUACAUUCCUAGCCAGAACCUAACACUAAUCAGAGAUUUGUCGCAGUUACGGCAGCUUCAUAGAUGUGUUCAAAGAAUACAAAAAAAACUUUGUCUAAAGCAGCAGUACUAAUUAUUAUUUAAGUAAUUCAAAUAUCUAAACCAAUAAAAUGAUCAAAACAA